AAAUAGGUCCAUUUUGCUGCUGACUUGACUGGCUGCACAUAUGCGAAAUUUUUUUCUGCGCAUGAACAAUAAAGUGCCUAUCAUAUUUCAAGCAAAUUAAAAAAAAACAGGGGCUUUCGGUUUUGUUGUUCCUUGACUCAAGCUCAGAAAGCUUCCAGUUGCGACAGCAUUGAAAACAUGGGCGAUCAGAAGAUAACGAAAUGUGACGCAGAACCGGCGAGUUCCCCCUUGCUGUUACCCGACGGCUACUCUUACUUUCAAGACGGCAUUAAAUGGGUGUCGGAUCUAAUGGAGAUCGAGGACUCGGACGCCGAUUGGUUAGUGGACGCGGAAUUCAUUUGCAAGCGGAUUAGCGAUGUGAUGAGCAAAAAGGAUUGGAUCUACAAGUCUGUGCUGGAGCACCUGCUAACCACGGCCACGUUUUACAGAGGCUCCAAGAUCGACGUGCCGCUCGAUUUCGAGCAGUAUUUACGCUUCCAAAUGCCAUUCCAUGUGACUCCUAUCUUCAAUGCUUCCCAGCCGGGCUACAUUAAUCUAUAUGCGUCCAGCACGCAUCCGAUGAUUACGAAGGGUUAUGUGAAUCCGGAGCUAGUUCAGGUCCUUCUACGCGGGAAUCUGCGUGAUGCCAUCAACCAGCUGAAGAGCGUCUACUGCGACAGUAAAGUGCACUACAAGCUGAGCUAUCGCACCCAUGAGAUUGGAGAUCAGGGCUUUGUGCACGAGAUAUUGGCAUGUGAGCAACGCGACGGCGGGAUGCCCAGCAUCAUAUCCUUCGUUUUUUUGCCGGCAUUGCAGUUCAAGUUCUCCGAGUUUCCUCUGCCCUCGUUUGUGCCCUCCGGCCCCGCCUGGGCGCACUGCAACAACGUCUACUACUGGCUCGCCCUGCUACAGGUGUAUCCGCAAUAUGACAAUCGUAGCUUCUGUCCGUACGUGCCGCGCAUGCAGUUCGUGCAAGACGAUCGCAUGGUCAAGUAUCGCAACGUUUUGCGGCUGUUGGUCAAGAUCGGUCUAGGCAACAAUAUACCCGACAUCUCUGAUAUAUUCGUCAUCAAGGGACUGCACUUCUUUCGCUUACGCUACAGCAUGAGCUGCGACUGCAAUCUAUCACUGCCCACGCUCUUUAUGGAGCUUCUCAACAUACACACUAACAUAAUUUACACGGAUGCAACGCAUAAGCUUAUGGUGUUUGGCAACUGCCAGCAGCAUUCGAUGCAGGAGGCGCUAAAGCUGGACACGAUUGCACGUAACGUAUCCAUGUUCUAUUACAUGAACUAUAUACCCUGGGAUCGGCUAAAGCAAAUGUUUGGCCUCAUUUGAAGUCGCUUCGUAUCAAAUAUCAAAUUCCAUACAGUGUGGACGGCUCACAUUGCGUAUACGCGAUAAACAAUAGCUUUCAACACAAUCGAAUGUGAUGCGUGGGACUUGUUUAUUUACAGGGUAUAUAACAAAUAAUGCGCUAAGAGUUAACAACAUGACCUACAAGCUAUUCAAUAAAUAGUUACAAUACAAUAUAAAUAGUUACAAUUAUAAUAAUGUGUUAAAUAGUUAAUGACUUUCAAUGUGCACUCAUUUCAGCAACAGAACGUUGCUUGUUGACGCUUAAACUAGACGAGGUCCUGCCAAUCAAUCACAUGUACACCACGUUGCGAUUGAGCUCCUGUUCCUGUUGAUCCUGCUCCUUAUUGUUCGGCAGCAGUACGGCCUGCUGCUCCUGGUACUCACCCGCAGGCCUUGCUGUCGUCGUACUCGUCGUAGUCGUCGUCGUCUUCGCUGCCAUUGGCUUUGCUUGAGCACUGUACUUGUUGGCCAGCGCCUUGAAGAUGCUCUUGGGACAGGCCUUGUAGUAGGGGAAACAUUCACCAGGCGCCUGCUUGCCUUCACCCACAUGCUGUGCACGCACAUACUCCGGUAUGAGCUCGGCAAAAGGCGACUUUGUAACCCUUAAAACACCAAAGAUAACAACAAUAAAGAUCAUAAUUUA